AUGCUGGCUGUUUUCAACAAAGCCCAAUCCACCCUGGACAACAAAGCGGAGCCCAUUCUCGCGUGUCACGACCCAUAUGAGCAGGAACUUGAAGUUGUCAAGCUGACCUGCAAGAUAUCCAAGACCUUGUACAAGAAAGACGGUGGAUUCAACGUUCUUCCCCAUGGAUUGAAGCCCAUCCCCACCGGACUCUCUUUUGAGCAGUAUGGCGGUUUGUCUAUGAACUCCCAGAAAAGAAGAGAAUCAGCAGCAAAGUGCUGGCAUACAGCCUCAAGCACACUUCGUGCACCUUUCAGCAUUUCUAUGGCCGACAUGAGCAAGAGGCCUUGUGUUGUGCCACCGAAAAUUCCUCAGCUACCUUAUCGCGAUACAAGGACCAUGUGCGGCACUGGGAAGGGCGAGCUUCCACCUCGGGACGGCGGUAUCAGCCCUCAUUCCCAGUCGGAGUCGGGCCGCGUUUCGAGUGUGCGAGGCUACGAUCAGGGACUCGCAUAG